AGUGAGGCAUCUAUAAAGUUAGAUUUGACUGACCAACGACCACAGUGGAAAUUGAGUGUAUAUGGUCCAGCUAAAGAGGAGCCAAACCUUCUUGUUGGUUUAGCAAAUUAUGAUCAGUCUCUCAAACAGGUAGAAUCUCAGUACAACGCUAUCGUCAAUAACCCUCAAGGUGCCAUUCAACAUUAUGAAAAAGAAAAAGCUAGUCAGGCGUCUUUAGCAUCCACAGGGCCUUUCGGUAAUCCAACAGCAACAAUGAUUUUCACUAAACCAUUUACGCCUUUUACAGGUGGUAGUGCAUUCGGCGCGGCAGGUAGUAGUGCUUUUGGUCAGCAAGCACCUGCCUUUGGCCAACAGCAGUCCUCGGCUUUUGGGCAGCCAUCAGGAUUCGGGAAACCCUCCGCUUUCGGGCAAUCUUCAGCUUUUGGUCAGCAACAACAAACGACAUCAGCCUUCAGUAACCCUUCGGCUUUUGGUGGAACAGCAUCAACAGCUUUUGGACAACCUUCAGCGUUUGGCGUAGCAGCAACAUCAGGAACUACUACAGCUUUUGGACAGCCAUCGGCCUUUGGUACAAGCUCACUUGUAUCCAAUACAUCGUCAGCAUUUGGUCAGCCUAGUGCGUUUGGUAGUAGCGUGACAAACAAUGGAUCAGCUUUUGGACAACCUAGUGCGUUUGGAUCUUUAGGAGGAAAUACUAAUAGUAAUACAGGAACGAGCGCUUUUGGUGCAUUAGCAAGUAAUAAUACUACCACAUCAGCGUUUGGAAAACCUUCAACGUUUGGACAAACAGCAGCAGCACCAUCAUCGACAAUGACAGGCACUCCUGCUUUUGGCCAACCAUCAGCAUUUGGUGCACCAUCGGCAUUUGGAUCAUCUACACAGUCAGCAGCAACAUCUAUGAGUAGUAGUAAUGACUGUAAUAAUGAGAUGAAGCAAUCAGAUAUUGAAGCGUUUUCCGCGCCACAAUUUUUAUUUGGCAAGAUACCCGAGGUGGAACCACCAGCGAAUUUAUGUUAA